GUCCGUCACAAUAGUGAGAUACGACAUACGGAAGGCAAGCGAACGGAGAAGGGCGCGAGAUGCGGACGCCGUGCGUAACCACAGUACAAACUAGAAUUCCAAUAAGUUAGACUAACGCUGAGACCAGACCCCAUUCCCGUUACCCCAUCCCAAUAAAACCUAAAACAUUUAAGUGAUGGUGCCCCAGGCUGUUAAGCUGUUUCAAUCCUCGCUGAGCCAGUGGCGACGCGGAGGCAAACUGCAUCCCAUGGCCAAGGGCGCGAUCACGUACGCGGUCAUGUGGCCCACGGGCAGCCUGAUUCAGCAGGCGCUGGAGGGACGCAAGCUGCGAGACUACGACUGGGCCAGGGCGCUCCGCUUCAGUCUGUUUGGAGCCCUCUACGUGGCGCCCACUCUGUACGGUUGGGUACGGCUCACCAGCGCUAUGUGGCCGCAGACCAAUCUCCGCACGGGCAUCGUCAAGGCCAUCACGGAGCAGCUGUCCUACGGACCUUUUGCCUGUGUCAGCUUUUUCAUGGGCAUGAGCUUGCUCGAGCUGAAGACCUUUAGCCAGGCUGUGAACGAGACGAAGGAAAAGGCGGCGCCCACAUACAAGGUCGGCGUGUGCAUCUGGCCCUUUCUGCAAACAAUAAACUUCUCGCUGGUGCCAGAACACAACCGCGUGGUUUUCGUAAGCAUCUGCAGCCUGAUGUGGACCAUCUUCCUAGCCUACAUGAAGACACGCAACGAGGAGCAAUCGGAUCCAGCGGGUCUUCCCUGUACAUAGUUUCCCCAGUUGUCGUAUUUGUUACCUGUUGUGCGUCCCUUAGGCCAAUUGAUUAAUUAGAUAGCGUUAUCGUA